CAGCGCCUCGCUUGAACGAAAGUAGUUGAAGACUGCGAUCUACAUCCCACCUACCGAUUUGCCGAGUCACCCACCGAUUGAUCGCCUGACCCUACUUGCCUACUUCGAUCGUACCAUAACACGCAAGGCUAACAGUCAAGAUGUUGGGUCGUAUCAGCCAUUACGCUUUUGAUGCGGUGCUUAUCUCUGCCUUCCUGGCCGGUAUCAAGCGGUCGACCGGUUUAGCCCCGCCCCUGUCCCGGGUUGCGCGUGGGGUCUUUCACAGCCCCAGUCUCGAAACCGACAAGAUCACCGAUAACAAGGACUUCAAGAAGUGGAUCGACCAAUACCUCGGUGUGGGUGAGUGGGUGAUGGACCAGUCCGUCGCGGUCCUGGGAUCGACCAGCUGGUUCGAGCGGAGACGGUAGAUGUUGAACAUCAUCGGCCGCGGUGUCGGCCUUCCUUCUCCCUUUUGUUCCGGCGUAGAUGAAGUGGCUGGCUGUUCGGUGAACGUUUGAAGUU